AUGCUCGCUCUUAAGCUAGCGCUGUGGACUUUGCUCGCGCCUGUCGCAGCGGAGUACCGAAUCAGAGGCUACGAACCAACGUCCAAUGUUGCAAGCUUUGCUCGCAUAGAUAUGGAUGUCUUGGAAAUGGCCGACCACAUGGCGGGCUACGUCCAGGAUGGGCGCCGGCGCACUGAUCCCUCGGACCCCAAUCGGCGUCGGGACCCCUCAGACCCGAACCGUCGGCGCACCGAUCCGUCGGACCCCGACCGGCGGCGAGAUCCCUCGGACCCGAACCGGCGCCGCCGUGCGUCAGACAUGAAUGAGACGGAGGACGACAGCAGCCGUCGACGCACCGAUCCCUCGGACCCCAAUCGGCGUCGAGACCCCUCAGACCCGAACCGUCGGCGCACCGAUCCGUCGGACCCCGACCGCCGGCGAGAUCCCUCGGACCCUGACCGUCGUCGCCGUGCCACUGCCGAUGAGAGCGAAGCGCGCCGACGCACCGAUCCCUCGGACCCCAAUCGGCGUCGAGACCCCUCAGACCCGAACCGUCGGCGCACCGAUCCGUCGGACCCCGACCGGCGGCGAGAUCCCUCGGACCCGAACCGGCGCCGCCGUGCGUCAGACAUGAACGAGACGGAGGACGACAGCAGCCGCCGACGCACCGAUCCCUCGGACCCCAAUCGGCGUCGAGACCCCUCAGACCCGAACCGUCGGCGCACCGAUCCGUCGGACCCCGACCGGCGGCGAGAUCCCUCGGACCCGAACCGGCGCCGCCGUGCGUCAGACAUGAAUGAGACGGAGGACGACAGCAGCCGUCGACGCACCGAUCCCUCGGACCCCAAUCGGCGUCGGGACCCCUCAGACCCGAACCGUCGGCGCACCGAUCCGUCGGACCCCGACCGCCGGCGAGAUCCCUCGGACCCUGACCGUCGUCGCCGUGCCACUGCCGAUGAGAGCGAAGCGCGCCGACGCACCGAUCCCUCGGACCCCAAUCGGCGUCGAGACCCCUCAGACCCGAACCGUCGGCGCACCGAUCCGUCGGACCCCGACCGUCGGCGAGAUCCCUCGGACCCGAACCGGCGCCGCCGUGCGUCAGACAUGAACGAGACGGAGGACGACAGCAGCCGCCGACGCACCGAUCCCUCGGACCCCAAUCGGCGUCGAGACCCCUCAGACCCGAACCGUCGGCGCACCGAUCCGUCGGACCCCGACCGUCGGCGAGAUCCCUCGGACCCGAACCGGCGCCGGCGUGCAUCAGACAUGAACGAGACGGAGGACGACAGCAGCCGCCGACGCACCGAUCCCUCGGACCCCAAUCGGCGUCGAGACCCCUCAGACCCGAACCGUCGGCGCACCGAUCCGUCGGACCCCGACCGCCGGCGAGAUCCCUCGGACCCUGACCGGCGCCGCCGAGCCACUGUGGAUGAGAGUGAAGCGCGCCGACGCACGGAUCCCUCGGAUCCCAAUCGGCGUCGAGACCCCUCAGACCCGAAUCGCCGGCGCACGGAUGAUUCGGACCCCAACCGGCGUCGGGACCCCGCAGACCCCAACCGACGUCGGGAUCCGACAGACCCAAACAGACGCCGCUCGAGUGCUGGAGCAGUGGCCAAACUGAUCUAUGAGCAAGGAGGUCAUGCCGUUGUGCGAGCUGAGCUCACGAUGCCGGCUUUGCCUGCAAAUGUGAACUCUGGUGAUGUGGUCUCACAGUCUCGAGAGGGAGACUGGCCACGCACCGUGGUGGUUGCAACGGAUGCUCUGCAGGGCUCCACCACGUUGGACGUUCGCUACACAUCCCUUUGGAGACCAUGCUUCGGAGGUGGUUCGAGCAAAGAUGGUGUCACAGGAGCUUACGGAGAGGAACUGCCGCUGUCCGCGCACUGCCUUGACACCAACACUCCCCUGGUCGUGAACGAGAUUCAGUUGGGAAGGCCUGUGGCGAUUCAACACGACUUCCUUUCUCUUGCUGGUUUCUCAUUGCAAAGUGCUUCCCGGAUGGCCGGGACACCUGAGUACGAUAUCCGCCGCAACUUCUACAACAUGGGAGACUAUGCGCAUCAGUUCAUACUAAACAUGUGGGAUGCAGAUGACGGAACGCCGAUGUUUUCCGAAAGCUUCGGGUGGGAGUAUGACAUCAUCCAAAAGACCGUCUUAUUCAUGUCUGUUUGGAUGGAAGUCGUUCACGAAAUGGAACAAGCAGUUGGGAUGUGUGGAGCUGGGCAGGACAGCAGCCGCCGACGCACCGAUGCCUCGGACCCCAACCGGCGUCGAGACCCCUCAGACCCGAACCGUCGGCGCACGGAUACGUCGGACCCCGACCGGCGGCGAGAUCCCUCGGACCCGAACCGGCGCCGUGCCACUGUGGAUGGGAGCGAAGCGCGCCGACGCACCGAUCCCUCGGACCCCAAUCGGCGUCGCGACCCCUCAGACCCGAACCGUCGGCGCACCGAUCCGUCGGACCCCGACCGCCGGCGAGAUCCCUCGGACCCGAACCGGCGCCGCCGUGCGUCAGACAUGAACGAGACGGAGGACGACAGCAGCCGUCGACGCACCGAUCCCUCGGACCCCAAUCGGCGUCGAGACCCCUCAGACCCGAACCGUCGGCGCACCGAUCCGUCGGACCCCGACCGUCGGCGAGAUCCCUCGGACCCGAACCGGCGUCGCCGCGCCACUGUGGACGAGAGCGAAGCGCGGCGGCGCACCGAUCCUGCAGACCCAAAUCGGCGACGAGAUCCUGCGGAUCCUAAUCGUCGGCGCACCGAUGCCUGGGACCCUGACCGGCGCCGGGAUCCAGCGGAUGCUAACAGGCGGCGCUCUUCGACAAACCUCCUGCUUAACGAGGGGACGGCCCAACAAGCUUGGGACAAGGCUGUUGCAUUUUAUGCAGGCUCAAGAUGGGAUUCGCGCGCCGACGCUGUUAUGCUGGAUGCAGAAGCCAACAUGUUGUGCUCCUUGUUCGGCACAUGUGAUGAGGAGGAUGAAGGAGUCUCCAUGGCCAGCGACAAAAUUUUCCGUCACUUCGAAUCUGGACAGACCGCUUUGAUGCAGGAUGAGUGUGGUAACCUCACCACUGAUCGGGAUCGGAUUAUCUCCUUAAUGUAUGUGCCACUGAUUCAGAACCUGCUGUAUGCUUCAUACAAGCUGGCAACGAAGAUGAGUAACGAGGAGCCUCUCAUUCAGCGCGACCGUGGCCAUGGUAUCUUUUUUGCCAAAGCCAUGCAGCCAAAGCUGGCCAGCUGUGCCCAAGAUGUUGUGGACAUUGUGGCCCGAAAUCUGCUCGUGCCACAGAGCGAGGAGCCUAUGCAAGGCGGAUAUGCAGAGGUGAAGCUCGCAUUGGAGCGAACCUACGACUGCCUGGGCCUGCAGUGCGAGGACAUCGGUGGGAUUUUGGAGGAUCCUCUGUCCCAAGCCAAUGUGAAGUAUGCUCCGGGAGCUGAGCCCUGCGGUUUCGCCGUCUUCGAUGCCUCAGCACCGGAACCACAAGCUGGUGUCGAUGCCGGCGUUGUCGUGGCCGUCGUGCUGAGCGUGCUGGCUUUUGCUGCUGUUGUUGUACUUCUGGCCUGGAGGGUUGCUUAUGCCCGGGGGGCCGAACGGGCGCGCUUCAUCAUGAGGACACCUGAAGCCUCACCGUCGUCGACCUCGCCUCCCGGUGGUGAGACGGUCAUCGGCAGUGUCAUUGGGACCAGAACCGAGGAGGUCCCUGUCCCUGAUGACGGAACAACUCUGAAGAUCUGA